GACCAUUUGGCUCUUGGGCAAAGUUGUGAUGAUAAUUCAAUGGCCUCUCCAGUGGAAGAUAAUCAUAGAACAUCCAAGGAAGCAUUUGCAACACAACUGCAGAUGGUUGAUGGUGAUUGUGAGGAUAAUGAGUACAUUGAUCAGGUAUCAAUUUUGCAAAGGAUGAACUCCAAGGAGUUAAAUUCAUUUCAAUUGGGGAAACAACUGUCUUGCAAAUGGACAACAGAAGCAGGACCACGAAUUGGCUGUGUAAGGGAUUAUCCCUCGAAGCUCCAGUCCCGGGCCUUGGAGCAAGUGAACUUGUCUCCCAGAAGUGCAAGCCACUUAAAACCAUACUACUCUCCCCGCUUUCCUAGCUACUUGAGUCCUAAGGUAUCUUCUCCAUUAUGUUGUGGUGAGGAAAUGACAGGCUCACCUAUGCUCAAGAAAGGGAGUUUAUUGCAAAGAAGCAUUCCUUACAUAACACAGUCCUCCCCAUUGUUGAAAGAAGCACUGGUAGGUGCAAUCAAUGGUGUAUCAUAACUAACAACACAUUCCAUAUUAGUUCAUUCUUUUCUGUGAAUAGAAAAGAUGAUACAGGAAUUCUUUUCAUUCUUUCCAACCAGGAUCAUGUGUACGCCUGUUUUUCGCCUUUGUUCAUUUUGU